CGUGAACCCGUCUAACGUUAUUGUUAUUUUCGCAGUUAUAUAAGGUAGCAAAUUAUCGUUUCUGAAUAGGUGGCGCCGUGGUAGCCGAUCCUGUUCUUCAACUUCCGGUUUAUGCACUGUGCAACUAUUACAGUUGCAUUUUUAAUUAACGAUGCCAAGUACUUGUUGUUGUGUACCUGGAUGUAAUUUAAGAGGAGGACACGCAUUUCCAAAUGACUUAAAAAGAAGGAAAAGUUGGAUCAACGCCAUGGCCCAUACGCAGAUUGGACGAGAACACGAUGAAAUCGUGGAGUCCAUCUCAAUCAGCUGUUGUUUGCAAGGCACAUUUUACUGAAAAAGACUACGUGCAGGAAACUAUUCAUGGGUGCAAACCCACCAUACAGAGACUUAAGUCUACUGCCAUUCCCAGCCUAUUUUCCUGGACCAAACAAGAGACUGAAUCGUCCGCAAAAAGAAAAAUCAGGGCAGUUUCCUGUGAAAACAAAAGAACUAAACUUGAUGAAUAUUGUAGUAGAAAUCUAGAGGAAAGUUUUGAUUGUAAAGUUGGUUUUCCUGAAGAAGUCAUCCAUACUGCAGACAUGAUUUAUGACUGUCCACCACCAACUGCCGAGCUAAUGUUGAGCUUCACAGAUGGAAUUACGCAAACACCAUCAAUGCCUAUAUUUUCAGCAGAGAAUUUUGAAAUGAAGACACGUGAUACAGCCAUGCAUUUAUAUACCGGUUUAGAGUUGUAACUUGUAUACUAAAUUUUUAUUUGUUUUGACCACACUUGGUCCAGCAGCACAUUCUUUGAGAUACAUAUAUUUUCAAAUUGAUAGGGUGUCAUUUGAAAAUCAGUUUUUUUAUGACUUUGAUGAAAUUGAGGCAUUAUACAACCAACUUUGAACUGUCUAGAUUCUAGAUUGAAACUAGUGUUAAGAAUAUUGUGUAAACAUGGAUUGUUUUUAUGUCUAAACAGUGGCGUGAGGCUAACACUUGGCCAUUUAGUGGUUUAGUCAGGUAUUUUUCGCCAUCCAACUUCAAAUUAAAGUUUCCUACAACUUGGAUUAUUAUUGACAGCACAGAAUAUCCCGUGAUAAAACCUAAAGCUCCUAGAGCUCAGGCAACCUUUUCAUCAUAUAAAAACAGAAACACUGAAAAUACUUGUAUGUUCGACUCCUGGUGGUUUAGUCAACUAUGUCUCUAAUGCAUAUGUUGGUUGUACCAGUGACUGUGAAAUAGUUGAAAGAUGUAGAAUAGUUCAAUUAUGUGAUCCAGGUGACAGUGUGAUGGCAGACAAAGGUUUAAAUGUGUAUGAUUUGUUUGCUCACUUUUUUCAAAAAAAGAAACAGAAUUAGUUCCAAAACUCUUAUACGGGAUAGAAAAGUCUCCAAUUAACAUGUGCACAUAGAGCUAAUUAUUGGACUUGGCAAAACAUACAAAAUUCUAAUAAAUCCUAUGAAUGGAACUGAAACAAAACUUUCAUCUGAAAUAACAUUUAGUUGUUUUAUGUUGUGUAAUUUUAGAACUUGUAUUGUGCCAAAGGAUGCAUAAAUAAAAGUGACGCAAUGAA